AUGUCCAAAGUCGUCGUGCUCACUGGCGGUAACAAGGGUAUUGGCAAAGCGGUCGCUAUGCUCCUCCUGAAGACCACCAAGCAACCGCUAACAUUGUACCUUACUGCACGCCAACCAGGACUGGGCGCCGCUGCUAUCGACGACAUCAAUUCUUCGGGCCUUCCCUCGACGUCUGGCUCUCAUCUGGUCUUCCAUCAAUUGGACAUCACAGAUCAAUCCUCUGUCGACACGCUGGCCGCUGAUCUCAAAGCGAGCCAUGGUCAGAUCGACGUAUUGAUCAACAACGCCGGCAUCGCAACAAAGGGCUCUCGCUUCGAUUCCGAGGUGGUCAAGCAGACGCUCGAUUGCAACUACUUCGGCACUCAGCGCAUCUGUGAUGCACUUAUCCCACUGAUCAAGCCAGAAGGCGGACGCCUCGUCUGUGUUAGCUCCUCUGCAGGGCUGCUCUCGAGCCUACCUAGCGCCUCCCUUCGCCCACAGUUCUCCGACUCGCAUUUGACGCAUCAACAGCUCGACCAGUUGAUGAAUAAAUUUGCUGCGGAUGUGGUUUCUGGUACAUACCGGCACGAAGGAUGGCCCCAGAAUUCGUAUGCAGUCAGCAAGGUCGGAAUGACGGCUCUCACGAAAAUAUGUGCGAGGGAACAUCCUGGCAUGGUUAUCAACGCUUGCUGCCCUGGAUACGUCAAGACUGACAUGGCGCCGAAUGGCUUCCUUACCCCCGAGGGAGGUUCAUUUACCCCCACUUUGCUUGCGAUUGGUGACAUCGGUAACACGUCCGGCCUCUUCUGGAAGAAUUGCUAUUCAGUGACAUGGUGA